GGUGGGGUGGUGGGGUUGAGUGGCUGCACGUGGCCUCUGCGACUUGUGACUUUUCUCUGCCACCGCACCGAAUGCCGAAGCAGCAUUUACCACCAGCUGCGCAGGUGAAAGGCAGUCGAAAUAGUAACGGUAGCAGUAGCCUCUCCUCUGCCUCUGGCAGGACAGCAUCAGUCAAGUGAUAAGAAGCUCCAGCCAGACAGCGUUUCAGUUGCCAAACGGCGUUUGCCCCAAACGGUUCGCCUGAACGCUGAUAAAAAGAAAUAAAAUAAAAAUUCCCCAAAUCUUGGGGCUGCUGUUCGGAAAACUAAUUUUGUUGGUGUUGAAUUGCCAGGAAAAAUUUAUUUUGGGGACAAACUCGCGAGUCCCGCAAAAAAUUAAUGUGAAAAUUGCAGGCAGCAGUUUCGCGUAUUUCACAAUCGAAUCCGAGCGUCAUGAGCGUCAGCGUCGAUGUGGGCGUCAUGUGGCGCCUAUCGGAGGAUUUCAACCGUCGCUUUGGUCUUCGCAUGCAGCCCGCCCCGACGGCGGCGCAUCAUCCGCAUCAUGCGGCAGCGGUGGCGGUGCAUCACUACCAUCAUCACCAUCAGCACCAUCUCGAGCACACACACGGCUCGAUCAUGUUUAACGGUGAGCGAAACGAUUGCCAAAAUUCGUUGGAAUUUCCGCUCAACGAGCUGAAUGAACGAUUCCUCCUCAAUGGCGGCGGCGGCAACCACUUGAUCGCUGGCAUUUCCGGUGAGCGGUGUCUGCGUUGCGCCUAGAGUAUGAAUGGAAUGGUGUAGAGAUGAUGUUGUCUAUGUGGGAAUGGGAAUUCUUGCUC